GCGUCCGGGCGGGGCGGGGCGGGGGGGCCCUUGGGUGCAGCCAUGGCCGAGCCGGAGCCGCCGCCCGUGGAGCUGUUCGUGAAGGCUGGCAGCGAUGGAGCAAAGAUCGGGAACUGCCCCUUCUCCCAGCGGCUCUUCAUGGUGCUGUGGCUCAAGGGGGUCACCUUCAACGUCACCACAGUGGACACCAGGCGGCGCACGGAGAUGGUGCAGCGGCUGUGCCCCGGGGGGCAGCUGCCCUUCCUGCUCUACGGGGAUGAGGUGAUCACUGACACCAACAAGAUCGAGGAGUUCCUGGAGGCUACCCUAGGGCCCCCCAGGUACCCCAAGCUGGCUGCCCGCAACCCCGAGUCCAACACGGCUGGCCUGGACGUCUUUGCCAAGUUCUCUGCGUAUAUCAAGAACUCAAACCCGGCCCUCAACACUGGGCUGGAGAAGGGACUGCUGAAGGCGUUGGGGGCACUUGACACCUACCUUCAGACGCCGCUGCCUGACGAGGUGGACGAGACGAGCGCCGAGGCCGAGGGGCCAUCACGACGCCUCUUCCUAGAUGGCAACGAGCUGACGCUGCCUGACUGCAACCUGCUGCCCAAGCUGCACGUGCUCCAGGUGGUUUGCCGCAAGUACCGGGGCUUCUCCGUGCCGGCGGAGCUGCACGGGCUCCAGCGCUACCUGGCGGCCGCCGCCACCCGCGAGGAGUUUGCCAGCACCUGCCCCGACCCGGCCGAGAUCGAGCUGGCCUACGAGCUGGUGGCCAAGGCCCUGAAGUAGCCCUGGGGGCAGAUCCUGGGGGUGCGGGGGGAGGGAGGGGGUGCUGUAAUGCUCUGGGAAGGAGCAGCUCUGCUGGGGUUUUUCUGUAAUAAAAUAAAAUGACCGAAAACCA